AUGAUGGCAAAAGUUCAAAAGGCAGUUUGGGCGGAGGAAAAAGCGGAGGUAGAGGUUCUCCUUGCACAAAGAGAUGAGCAUGCAAACAUUGGCAGAAGACUUAAGACACUUCAAGCAAGUGUCGAGGGUGGAGGUCGGACAGUCAGGGAUGGGAUGGGCCAAGUGCACAGCAACACAAACCAGCAUCAGAUCAAAAUACAUAACAUUGAGAAGCUUAUCAAGCACAUUGACAAGAUGCUUGAGCCGGGACAAGACAAAGGUAAGGAAGAGAGGAUCAUUCGGGCUGGACCGGCCCAAGUCGGAUUGACCGAGUACUUGAACUCGCUGAAACGUGUGAAUCGAGCUCUUACCGAGAUGGGCACUACAAACAUGCGUGCCAAUCAACAGGCCAUCGGUGACUUCAACGAGCUUUUGGCUGAAGGUAGUAAGAAAAUGGAAGAAGUCUAUCGUUCCGUGCUACUCGAAUUUUCUCAGCCUCUGGAGCCUCUGCACUAUCUCACAAGGGAAUUGCCCUUCCCAACUUUAUCAAAUGGGACUUCAUCAGAGUUGGAGGCUAUGGACAGAUAUAUCUCUUCUCCAAGCGCUCGCAGUACAGUUCCCAACCAGAGCGAGUCAGCCUCGAUCCAUAUCUACUCAGAUAUUCGUGGUCCUUACCUCGUCGGUAGCCUUCAAAAUCUAUCUUUAGCAUCGAUCAGCACCUCGAAGAAGAAGAACUCCGAUGAAAUCUAUCGUCAAGGCAGCAAUGCCAUCAAUCAAUAUGCCAAAGCGAUCGAUAGCAUUUUCCUUGCCGAAUUCCAGAAUGUUUCUGCGUGCUUCCCCCGCGAUGCUUGGACCAUAGCAUUCGAAACCACUUGCCGCAGAGCCCUUGCCGAGUUUGCCAAAACUCUGCGCGAGCUUAACAUGCACAUCAAAUCCAACCUGACCACGGACUGCUUCCUUGCCUACGAGAUCAUUGAGGUCGUCACAGAUGUAGCACACCAUCUCAACUCCAAGACUGGAGAACCGCUACCCUUUGGGGAUGCUCUAGCGCCAGUCCGGGAAAUCGCGAAAUUCUCUCUCCCCGAGCUGCUCGACGACCAACGACGCCGCAUUAUGUCCUUGGCUAUUUUGCCUGCAGAUGGCUCGGCCAUUCCCUUCACCUCCGAAACGAUGACACGCCUCCAGACCCUUACCGUCUAUCCCAAAUCCCUCUCAUCAAUUCUGGCCUCUAUAGGUGACGGCAACUGGACUCAGUCCGCAUCAGCUAACCGUUCGAACAAUUCCUCCACCUCCUUACCCUCGCUCAAAUCCCUAGAUGUUGGCGCAGACGGCGCUCAAUUGCUAACGCAUUACGUUCUCGACACCCUUGAGGCACACCUGACCACCCUCGAAUCACGUGCUCGUAUUCUGCUCAAAUCCAAAGCUGUUCAUGGCGUUUUCAUCUCUAACACUGUCGCUCUAAUCGACCGCAUGAUCCGCUCCUCUGAUCUCGCCUCACUUAUCGGCGCCAAUCCCGGCGCUCAAACCAAGAUCGACACUUGGCGCAGGAAAGGUGUCUCCACGUAUAUGGACGCCUGGCGUGAACCGUCAUCGGCGCUCUUAGACUCCACUCGCACAAAUGCCUCAGGAGCCCGGCCACAUUCCGGCGCCUCUCUCACCUCAGCUGAAGUGGUCAAAUCUCUCGGCAGCAAAGAAAAGGAUGCGAUCAAAGAGAAGUUCAAGCUCUUUAACACUUCCUUCGACGAGUGCGUGAAGAGGCAUAGGGAGUUGAGUCCCAGCAUGGAGAGAGAGGUAAAGAGUGAAUUGAGUAGGGAAGUGGGGCAUCAGGUGGAGCCGCUCUAUGCACGCUUCUACGAUCGUUACGAGGCACUAGAUAAGGGGAAGGGCAAAUAUGUUAAGUAUGAUAAGGGCUCGCUAGCUGCAGCACUGGCGUUGCUCUGA